AUGGGAGUUCUGUUCUUUGCAAAGUUCCCAUCAAAGUGUAGCAGCCUAACAAGGUCCACAGAAAAUAGAAGGAAGCCUUCCAACUUUGACUUUGUCCUGGUCAUUGCUGAUAGUAUAUGGAUGUUUGCUGACAUCCACAGUGUUUCCUUCAAAGAUGACAGUUUUCUGCUUGUGUGCCACUUUGGGGUUCAGGAAUCUGUGGAGGCUGAGAAUCCUGAAGGGUUUACCUCCAGGCUCACAUCAUUGCGCAGGUUUUUCCCUACAGAGGAGGAUAUGACUGGGGCUGCUAAGACCCUGCUGCUUCUUCAGCGCACAUACAAACUGGAUCUGAAGGAUCUUUCCAAAGGAGCCCUGCCAGGAACCAAGUAUCAUUCUACCCUGAGUGUUGGUGAUUGCUUCAGGCUGGGCCAGACAGCCCACAGCAUCAGCGACUUUCACCGCUCAAGCUCAAUGCUUUGGAUGCAACAGGCACUGAAGCAACUGAUUGCAGGAGAGCACAGCACUGUCUCCCAGAUCCAAGUCCUGGACUGUCUUAGUAAUGUCAGCUUCCAGCUUGGGGACCUGUCCAGGGCAGUGGACUUCACCCAUCAGCUGCUUUCUCUUGAUUCCUCUCACGAACAAGCCUGGCUGAAUCUGCUGUACUUUGUGAAGUUGUUAGAGGAAGAAAGGGCAGGACAGCUUGGGAAUGGGGCAUCAGAGAGCAAGCAGGAGACAUUGAACAAUGCCCCCUCAGGUACCCUGGAUCAUAUGCAAACCCACGAGGUCUAUGAGAGCCUCUGCCGUGGAGAGGGUAUCAAACUCACACCACAGAAGCGGAAGAGGCUUUUCUGUAGGUACCACUAUGGCAAUAGGACACCGCAGCUGGUCAUCACCCCCUUCAAAGAUGAGGAUGAGUGGGACAGCCCACAUAUCGUCAGGUACCACGAUGUCAUGUCUGACAAGGAAAUCAGAAAGAUCAAGGAGAUUGCAAAACCCAGAAUGAAACGAUCCAGAGUCUUCAGUAUCACUUCACCUUCUGUCCAGUCAUCCAAAGUGAGAGUCAGCCAAAGUGUAUUUCUGACAGAAGAGGAAGACCCUGUGAUUGGCCAAGUGAAUCGCAGGAUUCAGCUCAUCACUGGGCUGUCAGAUGAAACAGCUGAAUUUUUCCAGGUUGCUGAUCAUGGCAUUGGAGGAUACUAUGACCCUCAUAUGGAUUAUUUUUUGGCAGACCUCACUCCUCAGUUGAUAGGAGGAGCACUUGAGUCUACUGCUCUGAGCUCCAGUACUUUAGCCUAG